GAGAAAAAGCGAGGGGGAGGAGAAAGAGAGAGCGGGCAAAGAAGAGGGAGAGUGAGAGUAACGAGAGGGGUCUUGCAUAGAUAAAGUUGCUGGGGGAGUAUGGAGUUCAGGGAGAGGACAGAACACUAUGCAGAGGAGCCAAAGAGAGGAGCAGAACCAGAAUAUGCCAGAGAGAGUGUGUUGGUUCCAGGGGCAGAGUUACCACAAGCUGAAGAGGGCAUGUCUGCAGCGGGGCAAGCUCUUCAAGGAUCCCCUCUUUCCCCCAUCCGCACUGUCACUCUUCUACAAACGAGCCCCACCCCCUGGACUCACAUGGAAAAGACCACGGGAACUGUGUAAGGACCCUCGUCUCUUUGUGGACAGGAUCAGCACAUGGGACCUGCACCAAGGCAGCUUAGGUAACUGCUGGAUGGUGGCAGCCACUUCCUGUCUGGCCUCGGAGCCAUCGCUGUGGAAGAAGGUGAUUCCUGAUCACGUGGAACAGGAGUGGAAGCCCAAGCGUCCGGACCUGUACGCUGGAAUCUUCCACUUCCGCUUCUGGCGGCUUGGCCGCUGGACAGACGUGGUGGUGGACGACCUCCUUCCGGUCAGCGAGGACGGAACGCUGCUCUUCUGCCGCUCAGCCACGCCACAGGAGUUCUGGAGCAGCCUUCUGGAGAAGGCCUACGCCAAGUUGAAUGGCUGCUAUGAGGCAUUAGAAGGCGGUAACACGGCGGAGGCCCUCAUAGACUUCACAGGGGGGGUGUCGGAGCCCCUAUGCCUGGACAGGGAGGCCCUCACCCUGCACCCCGACCAGAGGAGGGCGCUGUUCCAGACCCUGGCCAAGGCCCACGGAUGCAAAGCCCUCAUCACCUGCUCCAUACGGCCAGCGGAGGGAGAGAGAGUAGAGUCGGUGCUAGACUGUGGUCUGGUGCGGGGCCAUGCCUACGGUAUCACCGCGGUGAGGAAGGUGUGCCUGGGGAAGCGGUCACUGCUGCCUGGCCGUUGUAGCGGGACGUCCCGUCUCGGCAUGGUGCGCAUGAGGAACCCCUGGGGUACAGCCGACUUUACCGGGCCCUGGAGUCAGGGGUCUCAGCAGUGGAAGCAGGUUGGUCGUGCCGAGAGGGAGAAGAUGGGCCUCAUUGUCAGAGAUGUGGGAGAGUUCUGGAUGGAGUUUGAGGAUUUCUGCCGCUACUUCACAGAUGUGGUGGUGUGUCGUCUGGUAGAACGAGCCCUGCUGUGGCCCAACACCCACUGGAGAGAGGUUCGCUGCCAUGGGGAGUGGGUCCCAUCCCCCAACACUACCGGGGCAACCCCCGCCACCCUCCUCCCCUGCCGCCAGGCAUCCAACCUCGGGAAGAACACAGCCAAGCCUGGGGAGGUGAAUCAGACUCCGCGAGGGGACCGGAAGGAGGCAAGAUUGGGGAAGAGACGGAGAAGUGGAGGAGGAGAAGGAGGAGGCGGUGGAGGGAGAGAGAAGGUGGCUGUAGCGAAGAAGGGGGGGGAGAAGAAGACAAAGAGGAAGGAGGAGAGUGUGAAGAAGGAGGGAGAGGUGGUUGGACGGUGGGAUAAACACAUGGAUAAGAGGAGUAGGUGUGGAGGAUGCAUCAACCACAAAGACACCUUUCUACACAACCCCCAGUUCAUGUUUGAGGUGCAGGGAAAGGAGGAUGAGGUGUUGAUCUGUCUGCAGCAGGAGGACAGGAGGAUAAAGAGGAAGGAUGGAGGAGGAGCGAAUCUGCCCAUCGGCUUUGAGGUGCUGAGGGUGGAGGUGAACCGUCUAAGCCGUGUGCAGCGUGUGGUGGAGCAGGCUGCAAGCUCUGUGUACAUGGACUCCCGUAGCGUUGCCCUGCGAGUGACCCUGGUCCCCGGCCGCUACGCCCUCCUCCCCACCACCUUUCAACCUAGGGCCACCGGACGCUUUCUGCUACGCCUCUUCUCACAUUCACACCUCAGACUCAGUGAGUUGAGACAGGAGUUGCCUGCUCUGUCAGUGUGGCAGUGUUGUCUCCCCCAGUCCAGUGUCGUGACCACCGUCCACCUGCGCCGAGCUUGCGGACUCAGCCAGCCCAAACAGACAGCACCAGAUGUGUAUGCUGUGAUCUGCUGUGAAGACGACACCAUAAGAACACGAGUGUUCAAGGAGGAUGGAAAUCCAGAGUUCAAUAUGAGGGCCAUUUUCUACAGGAGAUACCCAGAUGCACACAUCAGCAUUAAGUUGUGGAACCGUGGUCUACUUUGGGACACUCUAUUAGGAGGGGCUCGACUCCAGACCGGCGACAGCGAGAGAGAGCGGAGCCAGGGGAUUGACCUGCAGGGCGGCCAAUCACAUUCAGGAUACCAGGGAUGCAUCUAUGUGGAAACCUCAUCCAGCAAAUGCCUGACAGACUUGUGACAGACAGCUGUGGCUUGUCCCACCCACUAUACAACCAUGGCAAUCACUGCUUUUCUGGAUGAAGCAGCGGAUUUGAAUGAGGAUGGAUCCAAUUCAAUAGCUUUGAAGGAAAAUAGACAUUUGUCUUCGGCUUCCAUGAAUUACAAAGACAAAUACCUCUUUGAAUGAAAUGUUAUGAGAACUCGGAACCACUGCGUUAAGGAACAGAAAAGCACAGUGAUCUGUUUGUUGUUCACUACUAGUGCAGAGGAGAUCAUAAAAUCAUAAAAAUAUCCCCUAACGUUACAUCUCUGCUGGCCAGACCAUGUAAGAGUACAACAUUAUCCAAAAAAACAACAACAUUUAAACUGUAAAAAGACAUUGAUUACCAGCUGCCAAGGUUAUCUAAGGAUUAUACAUCAUAUGUAGGUCUACUCUUUUUUUAUGUGUCAUGAAAGGUGCAUAAUUUUUGGAAAAACAUUUUGAUCAAUUAAAAUGUCAUUUUCCUCUACAAACUGACCAUUAUAUAGAUGUUUUAUUUCACCUUAAUAUGGUAUGCUAUAUUUUCAAAUAUUUAUUUUAAAAAGAAACAUAUUUCAACGUGGGAUUUUGUUUUUUGAAUUAAUGUGAACAGGAGUAUACCCUAACCUGUCUCUUCUAGCCGUAUUCACAAUCAACUAUCAGGUUUCAGGUAUGACCCAGAUGCAGACAGUGUCGAUGAAACAAAAGUUUAUUUCUAGUCCAGGGGCAGGCAAACGACAGGUCAACGGCAGGCAGAGGUCAGUAAUCCAGCGAGGGUACAAAAGGUCCAGAAUGGCAGGAAGACUCAGGGUCAGGGCAGGGAGGGUUCAGUAAUCCAGAGGGUGCAAAAGGUCCAGAACGGCAGGAAGACUCAGGGUCAGGGCAGGCAGGGGUCAAUAAUCCAGUGAGGUG